AUGGCACAGCAGGGGAGAGCCAUCCGCGCAGGAACCUCAGGCUGUCAGAGACCCUGCAUCCUGCCGGGAGCCUCUGCUAUCUCUGACAGCCUCCAUCCCUGGCAGAGGCUCACUGAGACCUGUCAGCCUGCAGAAGGUGCAGGGCCCAUAGACAGGUCUCCCAGCUCCCUUGGACUCACGGGCAUCAACAACGCGGGCACAGCCCUGACCCCUGACGUGGCCAGGGAAAGCCCAGAAGUCCAAAUGGGAGCCCAGCCUGAUCCAGAGGAGCCUUCUCGGGAGAAGCUGGCCGAGCACUGCUCCUGGCACCUCCCUGGGAGAAGAAGCCUCGGGCUGCAGCCCCGGCCGCGGUCAAGGGCAGAGUGCAGCCCACGAGGCCGGGGCCAGCGACGGUGCCGCCGUGCCCCGCUGCCCCGGGGCUCCUGCGGCCCCCUUGCGCGCUGCCCGGGCCCGGCUCUGCCGCUCGCCAGCCCGGCGGCUGCGGGGCAGGGGCCGCUGCCCGGCGCGCAGCAGGGAGCGGGGCAAAGGAAGGAGCUGCAGCAGCUGUACCAGCUGGGCCCGCGGCUGGGCAGCGGUGGCUUCGGCACCGUUUUCUCGGGCAUCCGCCUCUCCGACGGGAGCCCGGUGGCCAUCAAACGCGUGGCCCGGGAGAGCGUCCUGCAGUGGGACGAGCUGCCCGACGGCACCCGCGUGCCCAUGGAGGUCGUGCUGAUGGAGAACGUGGGCUCCAGCUGCUACAACAUCAUCCAGCUCCUCGACUGGUUCGAGCUGCCUGACAGCUUCGUGCUGGUGCUAGAGCGUCCGGAGGCAUGGCAGGAUCUCCUGCAGUUCCUGCUGGAGCAGGGGUUCCUGUGCGAGGAGAUGGCGCGCUGGCUUUUCGUUCAGGUGCUGGAGGCCGUGCGGCACUGCACCGCCUGCGGCGUCCUGCACCGGGACAUCAAGCCAGAGAACGUCCUCGUGGACCCGGAGAGCGGCGACCUGAAGCUCAUCGACUUCGGUUGCAGCACCUUCCUCCAGGAGCGGGCCUACACGCGGUUUGCCGGAACGCACGCCUGCAGCCCGCCCGAGUGGGUCUGCCUUGGCUGCUACGACGGCCGUGAGGCCACUGUCUGGUCCCUGGGCGUGCUGCUGUACGUCAUGGUCUGCGGGAGCCUCCCCUUCGAGGACGACCAUGCCAUCGUGCUGGGGCAGCCCUUCUUCUGGCAGCAGGUCUCUCCAGAGCGCCAGCACCUGAUCCGCUGGUGCUUGGCCAAGCACCCCGCUUACAGGCCGCACCUGGAGGAGAUCUUGUGCCACCCUUGGGUGCAGGGCAGGCGCUUUUGA